GGAUAAAUAGAAAUGGAGAAAUGUUGCAUCCAUGUUUUACCCCUCUAUUCACGGUGAAACGAGGGGCGGUUCCCCUUAGGGAGAGCUGCUGAACUAGUUGUGUUAUAAUAGUAUGAUUAUAUUGUUACAGAAUUUAGGCCCAAAACCACACAAACAUAAAACUUUAAACAGAAAUAGUUGUUCUAACAACAUGUCAUACGCCUUGUACAAAUGAGGGAAUAAAAUGAGUCCUUUAUCUUUGAUCAGAAGGGUGUAUUCUAGUAGGUUUUAUAUGGUUAUGUAUGGACCUGUUGCAGCAGAUAUUGAGCUCAACAGUGACCUCCCACUUUUAGAACGGUUCCGGUUCCGGAAGUGAAUUCCCCGUUUCCCUCGUUUCACAUUGACUUUUCACUAAAUCCUUAUAUAAAGAGUUUUAAGCCUGGAACCAAACCAAUAAACCACGAGAUGAAUCAUUAGAAUAAAACUUUUUAUUGGGAGCGAAAUAAUAAAUAAAAAUCGCGUGGAACUACUCACCCCACAAACCAUUGCGAAUAUUUUUUUUCAUUUCUUUGUAGAAUGUCACUUUUACAUGUCGCUAUAAACAAAUCGACCUGCACCUAUCAGCGUUUCUUCUCGUCAAAUAUUAAAAACUUUAUUUAUGGUCCUGACGAUGUCGCCUGUAAUGAACGACUCCGCCUCUUCCACACGAACGCGCUCGUUACCGGAGACAAUAAUAAUGAUAAUCAUUCAAAAAUGCGAGUGCACGUCUUUUGUUUUGUUCUGUUGACGUCAUCACCCAGCGCCCAUUCAGCGGGACCGUCGCGGCAUUCGAAACAUAUAUGUGCCUGAACAAUACGUUCACUUUACACCGAAAGUACCGUCUUUAGAGUAAACCGACAUGAUCGACACGAUCGAGAAGGAGGACCCGGUCAUCAGCGAGGAGGAGGCGGCCCAGUACGACCGCCAGAUUCGACUGUGGGGGCUGGAUGCACAGAAGAGGUUGCGAGGGUCCCGCGUGCUCCUGGCAGGUUUAGGUGGUCUGGGGGCGGAAGUGGCCAAAAACCUGAUCCUGGCAGGAGUUAAAGGACUCACUCUGUUGGAUCAUGAACAGGUAUCAGAGGAGUCAUGUCGAGCUCAGUUCCUGGUUCCGGUGACGGCUCAGGGUCAGAAUCGGGCUAAGGCCUCUCUGGAGCGAGCACAGAACCUCAACCCAAUGGUGGAAGUCCACGCCGACCCAGACAGAGUGGAAGACAAACCAGAUGACUUCUUUCUGCAAUUUGAUGCAGUGUGUCUCAUUGGCUGCUCCAGAGACCUGAUGGUGCGGGUCGACCAGCUCUGUUCUCAGCGCAACAUCAAGGUCUUCUGCGGGGACGUCUACGGUUACUACGGUUACAUGUUCUGCAACCUUGGACAGGAGCACAACUACGUAGAGGAGAAACUUAAAGUGGUAAAACCGACUCGAGAUUCUAACGACGGCCCGGAGGCAAAGAAAGCCAAAGUCGACCUGAACGAGACCACCAUGGUGAAAAAGACAGCCAGCUUCUGCACCCUGAAGGAGGCUCUGGAGGUUGACUGGACGAGUGAGAAGGCCAAAGCUGGUCUGAAGAGAACACCAGUGGACUACUUUCUGCUUCAUGUUCUGUUGAAGUUUCGCAGAGACGAGGGUCGUGACCCCGACCCACAGUCCUUCUCGGGAGACGGUCAGCUCCUGAGACAGAUCCGUGACGACGUCCUGGAGGCGUUGGCCGUCCGCAGUGACCUCUUGAAUGAUGACUUCAUCAGCUACUGCUUUUCUGAGAUGUCCCCUGUGUGUGCUGUCAUGGGAGGAGUUCUGGGACAGGAAGUCGUCAAGGCUCUCUCCCAAAGAGACGCUCCCCACCGCAACUUCUUCUUCUUCGAUGGUCGUAAAGGCAACGGCGUGGUCGACUACUUUGGACCAAACUAAACACCUGUCGAACCUGUGCACCGGACGGUUUUACGCUCAAAUACAAGUCUUUUUCCUCAGUGUGUUCCAUCAGAUAAUUUAUAUCAGCUCUUGCUCCACAAGUCAUGAAAUGCAUCUGUUGUACCUUCUUCCUUUGUCAUUUAAUCCAUUUUCCCAAAGAAUCAAAAACUCUCUUGAGAAAAUUGGGAUUUUCUUUUUUUUUUAACAUUUGCUAAUAAAACUUUGUUUAGUAAAACA